AUGCAGACUCGACCCCCACCCAUUGUCGACGGAAGCCCAGUUGGACUUGAUGUUCCGCUGGACCUUGACGAAUGCGAAUUUUCCUCUCCUGGAAGCUCCUUUAUAUCGCUAGAAGACUCUACAGAAGGCGACGAACACAUCCCUGCAAUCGCAGAUGUCGCACCUCCAGUGCAAGCCGGACGAGUUUUCACUUUUCGUCAUAGCAAGCAAGUGGCUCCUGCCGCAGACGUACAACCUGUCGUUAUUCAGCUGGUGAUAAAUCAAUCUCCCCAGUCUGUACAGGAAGUUCUGCAGAAGCUUACCGAGCUUGGAUUCAUUAACGUGGAAUCGAGCUCUACACCGACCAUUAAUGACCUAUCUAAAUCAUCUUUACACGAGAUAUUUAGCAAUCCGUGGAAUCCGACGGCAACUGCUGAUGAAAACUUCAGUAAUCGGGUAGUGCAGACCUGGGGGCGGGAGUUCAGUGCUAUAAAUCCCACCCUUUCUGAACAACAGCAUUUUGAUAUUCUGAAGGACUAUGAACUUAUAAAGGAGGAGGAGGAGGACAGUUCCCCAUCCACGGUGGCUCCCGAGGAGUGCACUCUGGCCAACUUCAAACCUUCAACCUCAGUCCGGCCGUCGUCCUCAAUGUCACUUCCUCUCCUGCUUCCUACCGAUACUCGCAGAACAGAGAGGCCUAGACUUUGGAACACUAGACAAAAAGGCAGACACGCCCCACUUUCGCCAUUCGCGACAUUGGUUUUGUGGAUUUUCGUGUGCUUACCUUUAUUCGUUGCCCUGCUUUGCAUGUUAUCCGACAUAUCUGAUUCUGUCGAGACGUCCUUUCAACAACCGGCUCAUAGACCAUACGAGGGAUUUUACUAUCGCUGGAUGAAGGCCAUGGUGGGGGGCAUUUACACCGUCUUCUUCCCGGUGGUCGACCAGGAGGUCAAUAUGCCAGCUGUGCUGCAAGCCGUCCGGUUUCUCGCACUUGCAAGUGUGCUUGGUCUAGUCGCCGACCACGCUAACGCUGCUAGACCACCAACCAGGAGAUACCAUGACACACAUAGAUAUUAUGCGCUGGAACACGUACCUGGGGCGGAAAGUGCGAGUUUGCAGGAGGUUGCGCAGGCAUUGGGUGUAGAGGUUGUUGAACAGGCUGGUGAACUGGACGAUGUAUGGCUUGUGCGUGUACCGAAGGCCCGGGAAGGCGUCGUCGAGCGAGACGGAGGCGAUCCUGUCAUUGCUGCGUUUUCAGAACUGCAGAAACGAGCGGCUCUUCCACUGUCCUCGCGCUCACAAGAGAGCUUGUUAGCGAAACGGGUUGUAUCUUCUGUUAGCUACUUGGAAGCUCAGACGCCGCAGUGGCUCGUGAAACGCGCACCGCCGCUUGUACAACCAGGGUCAUCUAUGGAUGUGGCGAAGAGGUUGGGCCUUAAGGACCCGUUGUUUGGGGAGCAAUGGCAUUUGAUCAACGACGAGCACCCUGAACAUAUGAUGAACACGACACCGGUGUGGGAUAUGGGGUUCACUGGGAAGGGCAUCUUAACUUCAUUUUUGGACGACGGGCUAGAUUUUGAUAGCGAGGAUUUGAAGGAUGCUUUUGACGCGGAAAACUCUUAUGACUUCAAUGACCAUGUCGAUCUACCACGCCCUGUCACAGAGCUCGACCACCACGGCACGCGGUGCGCAGGACAAGUCGCGGCGCGGCGCAACGAUGUCUGCGGAGUGGGGAUCGCAUAUGACGCCAAAGCCGCAGCGGUGCGUAUUCUCGGUGGGCCCAUUACCACCGUCGACGAAGCGGCCGCGCUUAACUAUGGCUUUAAAAACGUAUCCAUCUACAGUUGCAGCUGGGGCCCCCGGGAUGAUGGGAUGACAAUGGAGGGGCCAAACUAUCUUAUCCGCAAAGCCGUUGUGAAGGGCAUCAACGAGGGCAGAGACGGGAAGGGUAGCGUGUUUGUGUUUGCGAGCGGGAAUGGGGGUAUUGGAGAGGACCAGUGCAAUUAUGAUGGGUACACGAAUAGCAUAUAUUCGGUGACAGUGUCAGCGAUUGAUCACACAGGCAAGAAGCCUGCGUAUUCGGAGGCGUGUGCGGCGAACAUGAUAGCUGCAUACAGUUCAGGGAGCCAGAAAUAUAUUGUGACAACGGAUGUUGGCAAAAAUAGAUGCGCGCGUACUCAUGGUGGAACGUCGGCUGCCGCACCGAAUGCUGUUGGUGUCUUUGCAUUAGCCUUGCAAGCGCGGCCAGACCUGACAUGGCGAGAUAUACAACAUCUUUGUGUGGAAACCGCGCGCAAGGUUAAUCCAGAAGACCCUGACUGGGAGAAAACCGCCAGCGGGCGUUUAUACAGUUACAAGUACGGAUACGGGGCCCUCGAUGCUUAUGCUUACGUUAAAGCCGCACAAUCCUGGAAGCUCGUCAAACCACAAGCAUGGAUCCAUACCAAGACCGUCGUUGUUAACAAUGGAACGCUGACCUCGCUCGGGCACAAAAAGUACAGUUACGAAGGGGGAGAAGCGAUCGGGAUGGGCGUGUAUGAACAGAAGAUGACCAUCACACAAGAGAUGAUGAAGGAGAACAAUCUGGAGACGCUUGAGCACGUGGACGUAAGGGUAUGGAUCGAACAUUCCAGGAGAGGGGAUGUCAAGGUGGAGAUCGUCAGUCCAAACGGAAUCACGAGCGUGCUGGCCGGUACUCGAGCGUAUGACGAUGCAGAUACUGGUUUCCCUGGUUGGAGGUUUAUGACAAUUAAGCAUUGGGGCGAAAAUCCUGUCGGCGAGUGGACUUUGAAAGUGACUGAUAAGGGCAAUCCUGGCCCAGAUCAUACAGGGAAAUUUUUGGGCUGGAACAUGGCACUUUGGGGUAGUGCGAUUGAUCCAGCGAAAGCACAGAAAUUCGUGGAACCUGUUGAGGAUAAUGCUUUGCCACCAAAUAAUAUUCCUGAUCGUCCUGUUAUUCAUGACCCUGCCCCAACUUCGACGACAGUCCACGCCAAGCCCACAGACCGGCUACCAACUGACCAUGGGAAGGUUACUGGCGAUGACUCUCAUCCAGCUUUCCCUACCGGGACUCCCAGCAAGUCAAAGCCGCAGCAAGAUGAAGUAGACAAGGAUUCAGAAGAGACUUGGUACGGUGAACUUACCAACAUGGCGAAAACGCAUAAAUGGACGUUUGCUGCGCUUGGAGCCGGUUUGGUUUGCUUUAUUAGCGCCUUGAUCGUGCUCUGGAGGAGACGAGUCGCACGGAAGAAGAUGGAGGAAUACACGUCUCUGGCUGCGGAUGACAUACACAUGGACUCUGUAGCGCAAAACGAUGUUUUGGCCGGAGGUGCAGGCCCACGUUCGACGAGGAGCGUCAGGUUCGUGGACGAAGCAGAGGAUGAAGACGCGUCGCCACGAGCGUCAAUGGAGCGACGUUCUUCAGAAGAAGACCAUACCAUCGUCCCACCAAACCCUCAAACGCUAGGAUUCCACUCGUCAUUCCUCGACGAUGAUGAACCGUCUCCUGGCCUAUCGCCCAAUUAUCGCGACCAUCCUGAAAUGUUUACUCACGUCUCGCUGCGCAGUCCGACAGAAAUACCACCCGCGUCUUCACACCCGACUGGAGGCUUUGGCUCGUUCCCAGACCCCCGUCCAUGA